AUGACUGGCCGAGGAAGAGCAUUGACGGAGUUGAUGCGGAGAAGGAAACUGGCUCUUGAGGAGUUUGAGAUCAACGUAUUUAGUGUGUACGCCCCUCAGACGGGUUGCACCGAUGAUGAAAAGGAUGAGUUUUGGACAACACUACAGGAUGAAUUUGAGAAGGUUGCUGAAGACGAAAGAUGUGUUAUCGGUGGAGACUUAAAUGGGCAUGUUGGGAGAGGAUCCGAUGUUAUCAGCCGAGUGCACGGAGGGAUGUGUUAUGGCGAGGGAAAUGAGGAUGGAGAACGUGUUAUUGAUUUUGCCAUCUCUAACGAUAUGGUUAUCAGUAACACUAUUUUUACGAAACGACAAGAACAUCUUAUCACGUACAAGAGUGAUGGAAGAGCUAGCCAAAUAGACUACCUCUUGUAUCGUAGGAGAAAUAUGGUUGAGAUAAUAAACUGUAAGGUAAUACCAGGUGAUCACGUGACCAACCAACAUCGACUGGUCGUGAUGGAUUUGAACAUCAAGGUAUCCCAAGUGCAUAGCACACCGAAACCUGGCCCUAAGAUCAAAUGGCAUAGAUUGAAGGAUCAGGAGAAGAAAGAAUAG